AUGAUCACUUGUUCUUUAUCUUUCCGUUAUUCUUGUAUCAUAUUUUUUCUGUUUUGUUUCACACAACUUUCUGAGUUUCCAUUCGUAAUUGUUUCAGCGGAACUCGGAGACUACGACCCCAGACGGCAUUCCGUGGGCUACGUCACCGAAUUUCGGUUCUUAGCGAAUCAAACUACCGAAUUGGAGAACCGUAUAGUGGAACUUCAUAAAACUCUCGUAGGACAAUUACCCUCCGCCGCGGAGCUGAAUUAUUUGGACAAGGUGAAAUGGUUGGAAAUGUACGGAGUCGAUUUGCAUCCAGUGCUGGGUGAGGAUAGCGUGGAGUAUUUUCUGGGCCUGACGCCGAGCGGGAUAAUUUUGUUGCGCAACAAGACCAAAGUGGGAAAUUACUACUGGCCUCGAAUCAACAAGAUCUAUUAUAAGGGUAGAUACUUCAUGUUGAGAGUCAGUGAGAAGAAUUCGGAAGAAAGGACGCAUGGUUUCGAGACGCCGUCGAAAGGAGCCUGCAGACAUCUCUGGAAGUGUUGUCUAGAGCAUCAAGCGUUCUUCCGGUUGAUGGCCACCGGGCCACCACCUCUGAGCCCUUAUUCCCGUUUCCGGUCGUACAGCCCUCCUUCCGGCUCCGAGAAGCACACGGUGAUUAGACGGAAUCCGCCGCCGAUCUUCCAGAGGACGCCCAGUCGCAGGGCGCAGCGACGCGUGGUGGAAGGCCAAGAGAUGGUCGGCCCGUUCGUGGAAACGCCAGCGACAGUGAACUCGAAUCCGAAUAGCAACUCGGUCAGCGGCAACGUUUUGUGUAAUACUCAAAGCGCCAGACAGGUGAACAAUUCGAGUCCGAGGAGCACGAGAAGCGCGCCGUGGACUCAGAGCCAACCUCGUGGCCUUUAUACUUCGUCUAGUCCUCGGUCCGUCCGCUCCGCGGGAACGGCGCCAGCACUCUUGAGCAGACUCCAACGACGGAGUAGCUCUGUAGAGAGCCAAAGUUCAGGGGACAGUCACAGUCGCGGUGGUCAUCGUAGAAGAAGUCAUAGUCAUAGUCAUCGAAGACACAGUCGUCACUCUGAUUGUGAAUCCGAGCUUUCAAGAGGUUCAGACACUAGGUCAGGCCAUCGUAAGCAUCGCCGGAAGCACAGAAGUUCCCGUUCUUCUAGACACGAAUUGGUAGACUCUGAGCCGCAAUGGAGAGAAGCACAGAAGCGGAAGGGCGAAGGAGUUCAACGUGCUGUUGUGAGCCACACGGAGCCAAGAAGAAGGCACAGAAGCAGACACCGGAGUCCUUCUCAAAAGCAACCACUGCCAGACGAGCUUAGGAAACACUUGGAGUUUGGGCUAGUCGAUACUUCCGGAAUGAGUGAACAGCAACGACGAGAGAUACCAUAUACGGUGGUUCAAUCACAAUCAUCCGUACAACAAUGUACCCUACAGUCUAGCAAUUCCCGAUUGGACGACGCAGACUCGUCGUCCCUACCUAGAACGAUCGGAUCCAUUGGCAAAAGAAACAGAAGAAUGAUACAGCAUAGUCGCGACGGAAGUUAUAAUUUGCCACCGACCAGGCCGAAUCAAGUUGAGACAAAAUACUACGAUGGUAAUAGGAGCGAGUGCAAUAUGAGGAAGGACUUUUAUUAUACUCGUAACAACAGAAUAUUGAUAGGAAGUAAUGUGGACAGUGGGCUCGGGGAAAGUACACCGCAAGAAUUUUCAAGUUGCUGCUCAAGCUCUGCCGACAGCGCUAAGCCUACUCGUGUACCGCAAAUGCAAUUAGGGGGAGAGGUACGCUAUGAACUGUCUUCAAAUCAAGAAAUCUACCCUCCUGUUGAUACUACUCUGGAUGCUGUUCUUCAGCCCAUUAUAUCAACUUUAACAAGGAGACAACGGAACCGCCCGAAAUGAGCAUGAAGCUUUAAAUAAAUACGAAAUAGACAUUUAUGCACAUAUUGUAUAUUUAAGAAAGUUUUUAUACCUCAUUCAAAUUAAAUAUCUAUAAUCCCAUC